AUGGAAGGGCUUGAAUUUGCCGACGAAUUUGUGAAGGAUCGACUGAAAGGUGAGCUGUUCGAUUCACUGCAGCUCACAUCCUUGUACAGCGUCUCCGUACCGCCGUCCGCAGCGUCUUGCGUCGUGAAGACUUUGCUUUCAAAUGGCAUCGCCUCAACCUACUAUCUCCUUCUGAAUUUUAAGAUAAUCCGCAAAAGAGCUCUGAACCUGUUGAUUGAUGAAACACUGGGGACAGUGGAUGAGCUGCACACACCAUCGGUUAUGAGCCGAUCGCGAAUCUCCCAGGAAUACAUCGACGGACGACAGUGCUUGUAUAUGGCGAUCGCUGUCACUACCUUGCAAUGA